UCGAAAGUUUUCUCUAAGGUUUUAUUAAGUUAUGUCAUUAAUCUAAAUAUUAAUAUAGCAUGGACGAUUAUUAUAAAACACUUGGGCUCAAAAAGACAUGUCUUGACGAUGAAAUAAAAAAAGCAUAUCGUAAAUUAGCAUUAAGAUGGCAUCCAGAUAAAAACCCAAAAGACAAAGCAGUAGCAGAAAUAAAAUUUAAAGAAAUUUCUGAAGCCUAUGAAAUUUUAUCAGAUAAAAAUAAAAGAGCUAUUUAUGAUAAAUAUGGCAAAAAAGGACGUAAUGGUGUCCAUAAUCAUGGCCACAACAAUCAUCCUACAAGGGAUACCUUUUCAACUUUUAAUCAUGGAUUCAACAUAUUUGAUUCAGAUGAUAUAUCAUCAUUCUUCUUUAAUUCAAAUCCAAUGAAUAAUAAUCAUCCAUUUGCCUCUUCCUUUGGUUUUGCUUUUAGAGAUCCAAUGGAUAUAUUUAAGGAAUUUUUUGGAAACUCUAAUCCAGUUGGGUUUAAUUUUUUUGAUGAUCAAAUUGCCAUGCAUAACAAUGCACCAUUUAGCUUAUUUGAUUUUUCUGAUUUUGCCAAUGACCGUGAUGUCCACACAUUUCUAGGCAGUGGUUUUGGAAUCAAUAUAAACAAUUGGAAUGCAACAAAUCACCAGGGAAAUAUAAGAAACCACAAUAGGUCACAUUAUAACCACAAUUCUAACCCAUCACGAAAUAAUCCCACCAAUCAUAAUAGAUCCGAUCAUAAUCACCAUCCACAUCAUCAAGCAAAUCACAAUAGUUUUAAUGCUGACCAUGUUUCACGUCAAAAUGGGCAUAACAGCCACCAUUCAGGGAGUAUACCUGCUAACAUAGGCAAAAAGACCACUAUAACAACCAAAAUGCACAAUGACAAGAAGAUUGUCACUAAAAAAGUUUUCGAAAAUGGCAAAGAAACUAUUACCAUCACCGAGGACGGAAGGAUUAUAUCUAAAAUGGUGGACGGGGUUAAGCAAUCCAUCAAAGCGUAACGAAUAUGUUCCUUUUUAAAUUUAUGACUCAGAAUUGGCGCGAUAGAUUUUUUUAUUAAUUAUUUUUGUCACACAUUUUACCGCGCCUUAACAUUGCAUUAUAUCAAAUUAAGAAAGCUCCAUACGAUGUUCCUUAAAUAUAUAUUUUUUUAUGGACUAUAACGCAAAUAACACGUAUAAAUAUAACCUUUAUUGCAAGUAUACCGACCUUUUCUAUUCUUUUCAAAAUAUAUAAAAUCUUUAAAUUCUCUAAAAUUGUUUAGAUAAUUUAUACUGAUAAUUUUUUUUAAGGUUUGAAUUAAAUGACAAAUUUUUUAAGUUUUGUUUUUCAAAGUUAAUAAAAGAAGAUUUAUAUUUUGCAUUACAAAAUUGUCAAAAAAUUCCCUAACAUUUAAAUUUUAAAGUAUCAUC